CUGGCCAGGUCGUUGCCCUCGGCGACCGCAUCGUCCGGGCUGUAGAUUCGCUUCGCACACUCUCCCUCUCUCUCCCAUCUGCGCUCAAUAAAGAGGAGACGAGGAGCCUCACCUGCCUGCCUCCCUACCGGCUCUUCUUCCUCUUGUUCGUACGCCCGCGCGCCCCCUCCUCUGCAGUGACCCUCUCCGCAUCUCCCUCCAUUGCUCAAGGCUCUGGGCCAUCCAGCAGCCAUGGGGACCCAAGCGCCCGCGAGCUAUCCUCCUCCUGCCAAGGAUGACAGCAAGACGGCGGAGGAGAAGAAGCUCGAGGAGUGGCUCCCCAUCAACGGCUCCAGGAACGCCAAGUGGUGGUACUCCGCCUUCCACAAUGUCACCGCCAUGGUCGGUGCCGGCGUCCUCGGCCUCCCCUACGCCAUGUCCGAGCUCGGAUGGGGCCCCGGCAUCGUGGUGAUGAUCCUGUCGUGGGUCAUCACGCUGUACACGCUAUGGCAGAUGGUGGAGAUGCACGAGAUGGUGCCCGGGAAGCGCUUCGACCGCUACCACGAGCUCGGCCAGCACGUCUUCGGCGAGAAGCUGGGCCUCUGGAUCGUCGUGCCGCAGCAGCUCGUCGUCGAGGUCAGCCUCAACAUCAUCUACAUGGUCACCGGCGGCCAGUCCCUCAAGAAGUUCCACGACGUCAUCUGCGACGGCAAGUGCAAGGACAUCAAGCUCUCCUACUUCAUCAUGAUCUUCGCCUCCGUCCACUUCGUCCUCUCCCAGCUCCCCAACUUCAACUCCAUCUCCGGCGUCUCCCUCGCCGCCGCCGUCAUGUCAAUCAGUUACUCGACAAUCGCGUGGGGAGCAUCCUUGGACAAGGGGAGGGUGGCGAACGUGGACUACGACCUGCGCGCGACCACGACGCCGGGGAAGGUGUUCGGCGUCUUAGGGGGCCUGGGCAACGUGGCGUUCGCGUACUCGGGGCACAACGUGGUGCUGGAGAUCCAGGCUACCAUACCGUCCACGCCGGAGAAGCCAUCGAAGCACGCCAUGUGGAAGGGCGCGCUCGUCGCCUACAUCAUCGUCGCAAUGUGCUACUUCCCUGUCACGUUCGUGGGGUACUGGGCCUUCGGCAACAGCGUCGACGACAACAUCCUCAUCACACUUUCCAAGCCUAAGUGGCUCAUUGCCACCGCCAACAUGAUGGUCGUCGUCCAUGUCAUUGGCAGUUACCAGGUUUACGCAAUGCCGGUGUUCGACAUGAUGGAGUCGUUCCUUGUGAGAAAGCUGCGGUUCGCUCCAAGCCUAAGACUCCGUCUCAUGUCCCGUACUUUCUACGUUGCGUUCACAAUGUUCAUCGGCAUCAGCUUCCCCUUCUUUGGUGGAUUGCUCAGUUUCUUUGGCGGAUUAGCCUUCGCACCAACAACUUAUUUUCUUCCCUGCAUCAUGUGGCUCGCAGUCUACAAGCCGAAAAGGUUCAGCCUCUCGUGGUUAACCAACUGGAUAUGCAUUAUCAUUGGAGUGCUGCUGCUGGUGUUGUCUCCAAUCGGAGGGCUCAGGCAGAUCAUUUUGACAGCCAAGACAUACAAAUUCUACCAGUAAUUAUGAUUAACUGGGGAUGUUUGCAUGGCAAGUUGCAAAAGGCCAGAACACUCUUUUUCCAUUAUUAUCAGUCUCUAGUGACUGGUGUGCUUUUUUCUUUUUUCAGCUUUUGCAAACUAUGUUCUUUUGGCUGUGUAUGUCUCGUCAUAGAGGCCGGAUUGGUAAUCCUUUAUCUAAAAAAAAUCUAAAAUAAGUAAAUAUAGUCAAGCAACAUCAUCAGCCAUGGUAUCAAACCAAAACUUGAUCCAGCUGAUGAUGGACCUAGAUAGCAGUUCUGUUAGGCUUAAACCAGGGGUUGUUCUUGAGUUAGUCAAAGGCAUAUAUGCGGCAUUUGCCUAUUUUUAAAGGGUGGAUUAUUGGCUUUUAUGUGCACGUGGGAGAGUAAAGGGUAGUGGUUUGUAUUUCUUUCCUCCACAGCUUACUGUAUCCUCAAGUUGGCACAUUGAAAGAGAGACCCAUGCUAUGAUUUAUGAUGUCUUCGGUC